AUGAGCCCCAGAAGAUCACUUGGAGAUUAUCGUGCGCAGUGUAGGUAUAAUCGACGUCUUCGACGGUCGAAGGGCGAUGAUGUCCAUGCAUAUGUGAGAGGUGUGACGCGGAGCACUUGUCGACGAGGUCUUCGGAAAGACUGGUGCAAUGAGCCUUAA